AGAACCAAGAAACCAUUGGAAUAUAGUUGCAGUGGUUAGGAUGAUUUGUAGAACCAAGAAGGCAUCCAAACAAAAGUGUUUCGCUUUGGUUUUUGCCGAAGGAUUCAUUUGUUUCUUUCUAACUGUGAAAGAAACCAUAUUGGACUAUCCUUUUCCCUUUCGUCUCUUUCACUACUCUCUAAUUCCUCUUUGUUUUAUGUAUUCAUGGCAUUAUUUUUGAGUAAAUUAGUUCAGAUUUUCUUCAGUAUAACAAAUGCUGUAAAACAGAUGUUUUUGUAGUGGUUAAAGCUCAUCCUGCAAUAGGUUGAAGCUUGUACUUAUCAUUUUAGUAAUAUCAAGAUUUAUAAUGAGUGAAACUCCUUGGACAGAUAAUGGAAGAAGAAGGGAGGUUUGAAGCUGAAGUAGCAGAGGUGCAAGCUUGGUGGAACUCAGAGAGGUUCAAGCUAGCCCGACGACCCUACUCAGCUAGAGAUGUUGUGGCUUUACGAGGCAACCUCAAACAGAGCUAUGGCUCAAACGAAAUGGCAAAGAAGUUAUGGAGAACUCUCAAGACACACCAAGCAAAUGGCACUGCCUCAAGGACUUUUGGUGCACUUGAUCCUGUCCAAGUAACCAUGAUGGCGAAGCAUUUAGACUCCAUUUAUGUCUCUGGUUGGCAAUGCUCCUCUACUCACACCACCACCAACGAGCCAGGUCCAGAUCUUGCUGACUAUCCUUAUGACACCGUCCCAAACAAAGUGGAACACCUUUUCUUUGCACAACAAUACCAUGACCGAAAACAAAGAGAGGCACGAAUGAGCAUGAGCCGGGAGGAGAGGGGUCGAACCCCCUAUGUUGAUUACUUGAAGCCAAUCAUAGCAGAUGGUGAUACUGGCUUUGGUGGCACCACAGCAACUGUCAAGCUUUGCAAGCUUUUCGUGGAGCGUGGUGCUGCUGGUGUCCACAUUGAGGACCAGUCCUCUGACAAAAAAUGUGGUCACAUGGCUGGUAAAGUGCUUGUGGCUGUUAGUGAACACGUUAACAGGCUUGUUGCUGCAAGGUUGCAGUUCGAUGUUAUGGGAGUGGAGACAGUGUUGGUGGCCAGGACUGAUGCUGUUGCAGCUAAUUUGAUCCAAACCAAUGUCGACACCAGGGAUCAUCAAUUUAUUCUUGGUGUGACUAACCCAAAUUUUCGGGGAAAAGGUCUGGCCACUAUGUUGGCAGAAGCAAUGGCUGCUAGUAAAACCGGCCCUGAACUUCAGGCCAUUGAAGACAACUGGCUGGCCAUGGCCCAACUUAAGACAUUCUCCGAAUGUGUUAUGGAUGCAAUUAAGAAGAGGAACGUCGGGGAGGAUGAGAAGAGAAGGAGAAUGAAUGAAUGGAUGAACCAUACAAGUUAUUACAAGUGCCUCCCAAACGAACAAGCCAGAGAGAUUGCUGAGAGAUUGGGGCUCAAAAAUCUUUUCUGGGACUGGGAUUUGCCUAGAACCAGAGAAGGGUUCUAUAGGUUUAAGGGGUCUGUAAUGGCAGCGGUUGUUCGCGGUUGGGCUUUUGCUCCUCAUGCUGACCUUAUUUGGAUGGAGACUUCGAGCCCAGACAUGGUUGAGUGCACCAAGUUCGCUGAAGGGGUGAAAUCAAAGCACCCUGAAAUCAUGUUGGCUUACAAUCUCUCACCAUCUUUCAAUUGGGAUGCAUCAGGAAUGACUGAUGAACAGAUGCAAGACUUCAUCCCAAGAAUAGCCAAGCUGGGUUUCUGUUGGCAGUUCAUAACACUAGCUGGUUUCCAUGCUGAUGCGCUGGUGACCGAUACGUUUGCAAGAGAUUUUGCAAGGAGGGGAAUGCUAGCAUAUGUGGAGAAGAUCCAGAGGGAAGAGAGGAGCAAUGGAGUGGACACUCUAGCUCACCAAAAAUGGUCAGGUGCAAACUUUUAUGAUAGGUAUCUCAAGACAGUCCAGGGAGGCAUCUCAUCCACUGCUGCUAUGGGCAAAGGAGUGACUGAGGAGCAAUUCAAGGAAACAUGGACAAGGCCAGAAGCCAUGGGCAUUGGAAAUGAAAGCAAUUUGCUGGUUGCUAAGGCUAGAAUGUAAGACACAGCAACAUGAGCUAUGGUGAAGGAACAAAGGGUGGCAUGUUUGGAGCGUUACCCCAAUUCUUGUAUUUUGGACUUGGGUGGAAAUAAUAAUACUAAUAAAAAAAAAAAGUGGUAACAACAUCAUUGGAGAAUGGAUCAUUCUGGGCAAAAUUUUUUUCGACCACAUUGUGCUUCAUUUUAGCGCUCUAAUGCUUUUGUUAAAGAUGAAACU